AGCAGGAUCAGUGGGAAUACUCGCGGUAACCAGCCCUAGCCUACUCAACGCCGAGUCACGGAGACAAGGAAAGGUUGACAUGUUGGAUUGGAAACUUUGUGACUGGUGUAGAGCUCGUGCGGGGGAGCUGAGAAUUCGAUGUUAACCAAUUUUCUUUCCCUUCUUAGGUUUUCCUGGCAGGCCGCUCAAAAUGUUUCAGUUCAUGACAUCAAUUCUAGUUUUUUCUUAACUCUUUUGGUCUGAAACUCUUUUGAAAUCCUCAUCUGGUUGUGCUAACUUGUGCACCGACUUGAGUGGAGGCCGAGGAACUCAAGAACAAAAGCCACUUUGCUUCCUCCCUCCGUGGGCCCCUCCCUCUCCCGUUCCUCCUCUGCCCUGCCUCCUCCCUUUGUCAAAUACCUUUGAGGGGGUGAAAAAGUUCCCAGAGUCGGCUCUGGAAGGACUGUGGAAGAAAUCCCGCCUGCCUGGAGAAGUUGGGCUAUUGUCUGUUUUAAAAAGUCUGUGAAAAUCUUUUCACGUUUACUUGGAAACCAAAGCAUCCUAAAAACUCAGUUUACAGAGCCCAGAAUUUGGUGUUGUUGCAGCGUCCGGCAGUGAGACCGAGGAUGAUGACAGCAUGGACAUUCCCCUGGACCUUUCCUCUUCAGCGGGCUCAGGCAAGAGAAGGAGAAGGGGCAACUUGCCCAAAGAAUCUGUUCAGAUUCUCCGGGAUUGGCUGUACGAACACCGAUACAACGCUUAUCCCUCAGAACAAGAAAAAGCAUUACUGUCCCAACAAACACACCUAUCUACACUACAGGUCUGUAACUGGUUCAUCAACGCCCGCCGCAGGCUCCUCCCUGACAUGUUGAGAAAGGAUGGCAAAGAUCCAAAUCAGUUCACAAUUUCCCGCCGUGGGGCCAAGAUUUCUGAAGCUAGCUCUGUGGAGUCAGCCAUGGGCAUCAAAAACUUCAUGCCAGCUCUAGAAGAGAGCCCAUUUCAUUCCUGCACAGCUGGACCAAACCCCACCCUAGGGAGGCCACUGUCUCCUAAGCCAUCAUCCCCAGGAUCAGUUUUGGCUCGGCCAUCAGUGAUCUGCCACACCACGGUGACUGCACUGAAAGAUGUGCCUUUCCCGCUUUGCCAGUCAGUAGGUGUGGGACAAAACACAGAUAUACAGCAGAUCGCAGCCAGCAACUUUACAGACACCUCCCUCAUGUACCCAGAGGACACGUGUAAAUCUGGACCAAGUACAAAUACACAAAGUGGUCUUUUCAACACUCCUCCUCCUACCCCACCGGACCUCAACCAGGAUUUUAGUGGAUUUCAGCUUCUAGUGGAUGUGGCACUCAAAAGGGCUGCAGAGAUGGAGCUUCAGGCAAAACUUACAGCUUAACCCUUUUUCAGGCAAAACAGUUCUCAAAAAUGUUGUCAUGAUUGCCAGGGGAUGGCAAGAGAUGAAUUGCAUUAUUUUAUAUAUUUUUUUAUUAAUAUUUGCACAUGGGAUUGCUAAAAUAAAGCUUCCUGUUACUGAGAUGUCUUCAAUGGAAUACAGUCAUUCCAAGAACUAUAAACUCAAAGCUACUGUAGAAACAAAGGGUUUUCUUUUUUAAAUGUUUCUUGGUAGAUUCUUCAUAAUGUGAGAUGGUUCCCAAGAUCAUGUGAUUUUUUUUUCCCUCCUUUUUUUUUUUUGUUGGUGUUUUUUCAGACUGUGCAAUACUUAGAGAACUUAUAGCAUCUUCUCAUUCCCAUGUGGAACAAGAUGCCCACAUACUGUCUAAUUAAUAAAUUUUCCAUUUUUUUCAAACAAGUAUGAAUCUAGCUGAUUGAUGAUGCCUUUUUUCAUGACAUAAUAAAGUAUUUUCUUUAAAAA